UACAAUGGCUGAUGAGGAGGAGGAAGGAGGGUUCGGUGGUUUAUAUGAAGACGGGCACUGGGUCUGGGAUGAGGAUAUACAAGCUUUAAUAUUUGUUAGUGAUCUCCCACCAAAACCUAUAGAAACAAUUCAAAUACCAACUAAGGUGCCAACAGGAGCUGUUGAAUUUAGAGACGAUGUAGAUUUAAUAGAACAGAUACGUUUUAGACGGCGAUACCAAAGAAAACUGAAACCUGGACAACCUGAUGUUAUAACUUUGCAGGAUGUGAAAGAUGUAGCACUUUUCACAGCGCCGGUCAAUUUGUUGAGCCCGAUGUUAAUAAAUAUGCUCCAUUUGCCUACCACGGAAAGAUUCAUACGUGCGCUUAUAAUGUAUUCGCAGUAUUAUUUACAGAUUGCAGAUGAAAUGGCGCGACGUAUGUUAGAGCUGGAAGCCAAAGUUCGGACGCCAUAUUGUGAUAUGGUAGAAAAUGAAUUUCGAGAUAAUUUAUCAGAUUUGCGGGUGCUCAUAGCUAAGGAAUAUAGCACGAUGAUUAUCGGUGGUGGGGAUACGCGAAAAUUUCAUCACAUGGGCCCACAGAAAAAGAGAAAAUCUCUAUCGGACAAAGACGCGCAUCUUUUUGAAACUUUAUUGCGCAUGACCGUGCAAAUUGUGUGGUUGGCUCUAGGCAGAAAAGCUUUCAACCAGAUAGAAUUGGAGAUAAAUCGUAUAUUUAAAUCGGAGAUAUUCAAUGCGGUGGAGCACACGCUGCACACUGACUACGUGGCAAAGAUGAUGAAAGAGGAGCGGGAGGCGUUGCUCGGUAUUUGUCUACGUCGCGAUAAAAAGCUGAACACCCGCUCGCCGCUCAUGAACGAAGUCUUCUGUCAUAGAGAUAUUGAUUUCCGUUUAUUAAGUCUAGGGGUUGUUAAAUAUAAUCAAUAUUCAGCGAGAACAUUGUAUAUGAAGCGAGCAGUUGCGGGCCCCGAGGAGUCGCUGGCGGAAUUUGGCAUUGUGCUUGGGAUUUUGGGCAUGCCGCGUUCCAUCUUUGACACCAUGCUGAGACCGCUACCUUCGGCCGCAGAAGGCAAAUCGAAAGCAUCCAUGUCGUCCACAAGUUCAUACAGCGCUAGCACGAAAAGCUCUGUAUCAGUUAAGAAAAAUGUUAUUUACAAAUUAUACUCAGACAUUGUUUUACCAACUAAGGAGGCUAAGAUGCCAUAUUUCCCGUCGCAUUUUCCGGAUGCAACCGAGGAUAUCCGGCCGUGCAGCGACGUGCAACGGCUCCGCUGGCUGAAUCGACUUGCCAGAAUCUUACAUCCUUAA